UAGCAUCAGUGUUUGAGGUUGAACAGGAGAGGAACAGAAUCCUGCCGCUGGCUUGCUUGUUCUUCCCCUAAGAAAGAACCCUCUCUUGAUUCUUCCGCCACCUUCCACCCCCACGGCCUCCCCUCUGUUUCCCUGAUUCUCCACACACUCAAGUCGUAGCAAUACAUCCGCAUCCAUAUAUACUGUCCGAUUAAUUAUCUUUAUUGCCGUUUCUAAUUAGAAAAAAUAAAUUGAAUCUUUCUUUUCUAUACCUAUUAAGUUGUCAACAAUGGAUAUUUUAUACUCCCAUUUGUUCAAAAUCGAAUCUUUUGCUCCUUCACUAUUCUCAAAUUGCCUGGAAACAUGAAUCUGUAGAGUUGGGUAUGUUCUGAGCUUAUAAAGGGGGGGCUAUUGUUUUGCAAGGUAUUUCUUUUCUGUUUUGAAUUUCGAAUUAUGGGUAAGAGAGGAAAAAUGCAAUCUUUGGAGUGUAAAAACAAUGGGUUAUUGUCGAAUUCCCAGUUGAGACUCCAAUUGAGUCCCCAAGAUUUCGACUUUUAUCCGGGCGGUGGGUUAUUUGCCUCUGUAGGUCGAAUGGACAACAAAGAAAAUGGCAGUUUUAAGUUUCCGUGUGUCGAUUUGUUUCUGAAGUAUGUAUCAUCACCUGAGAGGUUUAAGAUUUUGGGUGAGCAGGAGGAAAAUGGGGUGGUAAAGAAGAAGAAAAAUGGACUUAGGCUUAAGGUUAAGAUUGAAAAUCCUUCAUUGAGGAGAUUGAUUAGUGGUGCGAUUGCUGGGGCGGUUUCAAGGACUGCUGUGGCACCAUUGGAGACAAUAAGGACUCAUUUGAUGGUUGGGAGUAGUGGGCAUUCGACUAUGGAGGUCUUCGAUAGUAUUAUGAAGACCGAUGGAUGGCCAGGAUUAUUUAGGGGCAAUUUUGUUAAUGUGAUUCGGGUUGCACCAAGCAAAGCCAUAGAGUUAUUUGUUUACGAUACUGUCAAUAAAAAUUUGUCACCGAAACUUGGUGAACAACCCAAAUUGCGUAUCCCUCCGUCAUUGAUCGCGGGAGCAUGUGCUGGAGUUAGCUCAACUUUAGUGACGUAUCCCCUCGAGUUACUCAAGACUCGAUUGACUAUUCAGGGAGGAGUUUACAAUGGUUUGCUCGAUGCAUUUAUAAAAAUACUGCGUGAAGGUGGGCCUGGAGAGCUUUAUCGAGGUCUAACUCCAAGUCUUAUUGGAGUAAUUCCGUAUGCUGCCACCAAUUACUUUGCGUAUGACACUCUUAGAAAGGCAUACCGGAAAAUUUUCAAACAAGAGAAGAUUGGCAACAUUGAAACACUCUUGAUUGGUUCUGCGGCCGGUGCUAUAUCUAGUAGUGCUACAUUCCCACUUGAGGUGGCUCGUAAGCACAUGCAGGUUGGAGCGCUUAGUGGGCGACAAGUGUACAAGAAUGUACUUCAUGCUCUUGCCAGCAUACUCGAACAAGAAGGGAUGCAGGGUCUUUACAAAGGGCUUGGUCCGAGCUGUAUGAAGUUGGUGCCUGCUGCUGGGAUAUCUUUCAUGUGUUACGAGGCAUGCAAGAGGAUUUUGAUUGAGAACGAAGAUAAUGCAUAGAGAGUUGUUUUACAAAAGAAACUUAGAUUUAAGGAUAACAAAUUGUCUGAUGUUGCAUCAUUUUCGUGCUUGAAAUUUUGACCUUUUGAGAUUUGGAUUUUGAGGUGAGAAAACUGAUGUCUUAUUACAACCUUUUCAAGCGAUUUUGAUUUAUUUUAACUGUGUUAAAGAAUGACCAAAUUUUAUGUGAAAGAAUUAUACAAGACGAGGUAAAGGCGCACGUUCCUUUCUAGGCUUAA